UUUAGCCCAUUAACGUAAAACCCCACACCCUCUAGGGAACUCCCUCGCUUCUCCUGCGAGAGCUAAACGCACUGAACAGCGAACUAAAACCAAGGGUGGCCUCCAUUGAUAGAGAAGCGAACCCAAGAUACAUUACCAACACCUGCACAAGCAAAUAGAGCUAGAGAUGAUGCAGAGAUUCAAAGGAUUGAUAAAGUUAAAGCAAGCUAGAAAUGGGCUUCUUUCUUAUCAGAGAAACUUCUCUGCUUUACCUUACGAUGCUCAAUACGAUGAUCCUCAAGACCAGGUUUUGGUUGAAGGAAGAGCGAAAUCAAGAGCAGCCAUUCUUAAUAGACCAGCUUCUCACAAUGCUCUCACAAUUCCAAUGGUGGCUCGGUUGAAGAGACUGUAUGAAUCAUGGGAAGAAAACCAUGAUAUUGGAUUUGUCUUGAUGAAGGGUAGCGGCAAGGCUUUCUGUUCCGGUUCAGAUGUCGUUUCCCUUUGUGAGUUGUUAAAUGAAGGAAAGAUGGAAGAAUGCAAAACAUAUUUCCAGACAUUGUAUAAGUUUGUCUACCUACAAGCAACAUAUUUGAAGCCAAAUGUGGCCAUCUUGGAUGGUUUCACCAUGGGAUCUGGGGCUGGAAUUGCGGUGCCAGGAAUGUUUCGUGUGGCAACUAAUAAAACUGUUUUUGCUCAUCCAGAGGCUCAAAUAGGUUUCCAUCCUGAUGCAGGGGCCUCCUUUUAUCUUUCUCGCCUGCCUGGUUACUUAGGGGAAUACUUGGCUCUAACGGGAGACAAGCUUAAUGGUGUAGAAAUGAUUGCUUGUGGCCUUGCUUCUCACUAUGCAUUACAUGAGAGACUUGAUUUGAUUGAAGAACGUCUCGGUAAACUGAUCACAGAUGAGGCUACUGUCAUAGAGACUUCUCUUGCACAAUAUGGUGACCUUGUCUAUCCAGAUAAGACAAGCGUCCUUUACAAGAUCGAAACAAUUGAUAAAUGUUUCAGCCAUGAUACAGUUGAGGAAAUUGUUAAUGCACUGGAAAAUGAGGCAGCCAACUCUUAUAAUGAGUGGUGUAAAAAUGCCAUCGGCAAAAUAAAAGAAGCCUCACCACUGAGCUUAAAAGUUACAUUGCAUUCGAUACGAGAAGGUAGAUUUCAAUCUCUCGAUCAGUGUCUUGCUCGUGAAUAUCGUAUGUCACUCACUGGAAUGUCCAAACAAGUGUCUAAUGAUUUCUGUGAGGGUGUUCGUGCUCGGCUAGUAGAUAAGGAUUUUGCUCCAAAGUGGGACCCUCCAAGUUUAGAAGAAGUAAGCAAAGACAUGGUGGAUAGCUAUUUCUCCCCUCUUGGGGAGCUCGAACCAGAGUUGGAGCUGCCAACAGCAUUGCGAGAACCUUACAUCUGAGUGAUAAACCCAUACAAGCUUCAAGAGGGAAUGUCGGAUGCAGGAUGCAAGUGGCCAGGAUCGUUUACAAGCGCAGGAAUGGAUGAGGGUCCUUGAAGACACAGGUGAUCCCAGGAUCGUAUUGUAGCUUUGUAUUACUUGCCGGCUCCAUUGUUGCAGAAUGAAUGGAAACUUGGCCCUUUUAAUGUUUUCCUUGGAAUAGGUUAUCAUAUUAUUUGUUAUACAAGCUAAGCCGACAGUGCCUUGGCCACUAGUUCAAGGCCUUUUUUUUUCUCUGUUAACUCAAGAUUUUGCAGAGACGAUAGAACUUUUGUUUCCUUUCA